AUGCUGGGCAAGAUCCUACUCACCCUCGAUGCCGUCGGCAUGAUCGCGGGCACGCUCAAAGCAGACUAUUUCAGCUGCACGCACAUCUUCAACCCGCGGUGGCCGCCCCAUGCCAAGUUCCACGGCGCGCAGACCAUCACCAUAGCCGUGAUGCUGGGGGUCGCGACGCUGUACUACACGUGGUGGCCGAGUCUCUUCCCGCACGGCGCGACGCCGCAGCGAGUCGAAGACGCCCUGGGUCGGGCCGUCAUCGCCGGCACCCUGUACUGGGUAGCUGGCCUCGUGGCCACGCUCUUCCCCGGCGUCGACGGCGUCGACCCGGAAUUCGGGCCCUCGGGCUGGCCGCAGAUGCCCUUCUUUACCCUGUUUGCGUCGCUCGGCGUCCUGGGGUGGGCUUACGAGACGUGGGUUUAG